CGAUCACUCAACCUUUGACUGGAGCUUGCCUUGCAACACCUUGUGACUCGACUCUUAUCAUCCACUAGUUGUUCAAACAGCAACGGCUUGUCAAAAGUCGACUACAAGAACAACACAUCUCACCUGCUAGCAGACCACUCGAGACCUCUGGUUGUAGAGCACCUGCUAGACGACUCUUACUCCGUUCCACGCUCCACCAUCUUCCCCCCUCUCCACCAUGUCCUCGUCAGCAAUGGAGGUCGAUGCUCCCGGUGGCGACAACAUCGACGAGGGCCUCUACUCUCGUCAGCUUUACGUCCUCGGACAUGAAGCGAUGAAGAAGAUGGCCAACUCGAACGUCCUCAUCGUCGGCGUCAAGGGCCUCGGCGUGGAGAUCGCCAAGAACGUUGCCCUCGCUGGCGUGAAGAGUGUGACCAUCUACGACCCUUCCCCCGUCGAGAUCGCCGACCUCGGCACCCAGUUCUUCCUCCGCGAAGAGGACAUUGGCAAGCCCCGUGCGGCCGUCACUGGCCCGCGCCUGGCCGAGCUCAACUCUUACGUGCCCGUCAAGGUGCUCGAGGGCGAGGGCGAGAUCACCCCCGAGCUCAUUGCGCCUUACCAGGUUGUUGUCCUCACCAACACCAGCCUCGCCAAGCAGGUUGAGAUCGACGAGUUUGCCCGCAAGAACGGCAUCUACUUCAUCGCCGCUGAUGUCCGCGGCCUCUUUGCCACCGUCUUCAACGACUUUGGUGACGACUUCGUCUGCGUCGACCCCACCGGCGAGAACCCCCUCUCGGGCAUGGUUCUCUACGUCGAGAACGGCGACGACGCCCUCGUCACCACCGUCGACGAGACCCGCCACGGCCUCGAGGACGGCGACUAUGUCGUCUUCUCCGAGAUUAAGGGCAUGGAGGGCCUCAACGGCGCCGAGCCCCGCAAGGUCACCGUCAAGGGCCCCUACACCUUCUCGAUUGGCGACACCAACUCGCUCGGCGAGUACACCUCGGGUGGUCUCUUCACCCAGGUCAAGCAGCCCAAGACUCUCCACUUCAAAUCGCUCAAGGAGAGCCUUAACCAGCCCGAGCUGUUCAUCACCGACUUUGCCAAGUGGGACCGCCCUGCCACCCUCCACGUCGGUUUCCAGGCUCUUGCCCAGUUCCAGGCCAAGAACGGCCGCCUCCCCCGCCCCUGGAACGCCGAGGACGCCGCGUCCAUCGUUGCCCUCUCCAAGGAGAUUCACUCGGCUGCCGCCGGCGACGCUGACCUCGACGAGAAGGUCCUCCAGGCGCUUUCCUUCCAGGCUUCGGGUGAUGUCUCUCCUGUUGUUGCCGUCAUUGGUGGCUUCGUCGCCCAGGAGGUCCUCAAGGCCGUCUCGGCCAAGUUCCACCCCAUGCAGCAGAGCCUGUACUUCGACUCGCUCGAGUCGCUCCCCUCGCAGCUCCCCACCGAGGCCGAGACCCAGCCCAAGGGUACUCGUUACGACAGCCAGAUUGCCGUCUUUGGCGAGACCUUCCAGAAGAAGAUUGCCAACAACCGCCAGUUCCUUGUCGGUUCGGGUGCCAUCGGCUGUGAGAUGCUCAAGAACUGGGCCAUGAUGGGUCUUGCCACUGGCCCUGAGGGCUCGAUCAUCGUUACGGACCUCGACACCAUCGAGAAGAGCAACCUCAACCGCCAGUUCCUCUUCCGUGCCAAGGAUGUCGGCAAGUUCAAGGCUGAGAGUGCUGCUUCCGCCGUCACCGCUAUGAACCCUGACCUCGCCGGCCACAUCACCACGUUUGAGGAGCGUGUUGGCCCCGAGACUGAGCAGCAAUUCGGCGACGAGUUCUUCUCCAAGCUCGACGUUGUCACCAACGCCCUCGACAACGUCCAGGCCCGUCAGUACAUGGACCGCCGGUGUGUCUUCUACCAGAAGCCCCUCCUCGAGUCGGGUACCCUUGGCACCAAGGCCAACACCCAGGUCGUCAUCCCCUUCCUCACCGAGUCGUACUCGUCGUCCCAGGACCCCCCUGAGAAGUCGAUCCCUUCGUGCACGGUCAAGAACUUCCCCAACGCUAUUGAGCACACUAUCCAGUGGGCUCGUGAGGCGUUCGACUCGCUGUUCGUCAACCCUCCCUCGACCGUCAACCUGUACCUCUCGCAGCCCAACUUUGUUGAGACGACUCUGAAGAGCUCGGGCCAGCACCACGAGCAGCUCAAGCAGAUGGAGAAGUACCUCGUCGGCCGCCCCACGACCUUUGCCGAGUGUGUUCAGUGGGCGCGCCUCCAGUACGAGAACGACUACCACAACGAGAUCAGCCAGCUCCUGUUCAACCUUCCCAAGGACCAGGUCAACUCCAACGGUACCCCCUUCUGGUCGGGCCCCAAGCGUGCCCCUGACGCCAACAAGUUCGACAUUAACGACCCCCUCGACUAUGCUUACCUUGUUUCGGCUGCCAACCUGCACGCCUUCAACUACGGCCUCAAGGGCGACACUGACCCUGCCACCUUCCACAAGGCGCUUGAGACCUUUGAGGUUCCCAAGUUUGUCCCCAAGAGCGGUGUCAAGAUCCAGAUCAACGACAACGACCCCGUUGCCGGCAACGAGGACGACUCUGAGGACCUUGACGCCAUUGUUGCCAGGCUGCCCACCCCUUCGUCGCUCGCUGGCUUCCGCCUCCAGCCCGCCGACUUUGAGAAGGACGACGACUCGAACCACCACAUCGACUUCAUCACCGCCGCGUCCAACCUCCGUGCUCGCAACUACAGCAUUACCGAGGCUGACCGCCACAAGACCAAGCUCAUUGCCGGCAAGAUCAUCCCUGCCAUUGCCACCACGACUGCCCUCGCUGUCGGCCUGGUCUGCCUUGAACUGUACAAGGUGAUUGACGGCAAGAACAACCUCGAGGACUACAAGAACGGCUUUGUCAACCUUGCUCUGCCAUUCUUCGGCUUCUCGGAGCCCAUUGCCGCUGCCAAGCAGUCGUACAACGGCAAGGACUGGACUCUGUGGGACCGCUUCGAGAUUGACGGCAACCCGACGCUGCAAGAGAUUAUCGACUGGUUUGAGCAGAAGCAGGAGCUCAACCUGCAGAUGGUGUCGCAGGGCGUGUCCAUGCUGUGGUCUGCGUUUACGCCUCCCAAGAAGGCCGCUGAGCGCUUGCCAAAGAAGAUCUCGGACCUGAUCGAGGAAGUGAGCAAGAAGACAUUGCCCGCCUGGCAGAAGAGCCUGCUUGUCGAGGUCAUGGCCGACGACAAGGAGGGCGAGGAUGUCGAGGUGCCAUACCUCCUUAUCCGCCUGCCUUAGAGAUUUGUGGGUGUUUGAUACAAGAAGAUAUGCAGCAGUGCCGUGG